AUGGCGGCGGCGGCGGCCUCCCCCCCACGGCGGCUCUUGCCGCUGUUUUUCUUGGUGUCGCUGCUGAUCGGCGUCGCUCCCUCCUCCUCCUCCUCCUCCUCCUCGGAGGGCGAGCGGCUGCCAACCAAGUGUGAAGUUUGCAAGUUCCUGACGACGGAGCUGCAGGCGGCGCUGGACAAGACAAAGCGCUCAAAGGAGGUGCUGGAACUGGGGGAGGUGCUGGACAGCGGCAAGAGGAAGAGGAAGAUCAAGUACCAUACCUCAGAGACACGGCUGGCGGAAGCGAUGGAUAAUAUCUGUGAGCAGAUCCUGCAGUACAGUGUGCACGCUGAGCGGCCAGGCAGCUUACGCUUCGCAAAGGGCACCAGUGAGACAAUGAAUACACUGAAGAACCUGGUGCACAAAGGGGUGAAGGUGGAGCUGGGAAUUCCAUUCGAAAUGUGGGACUCGCCCUCGGCUGAGGUCACUGACCUGAAAAUGCAGUGUGAGAAGAUGCUGGAGGCACAUGAGGAGGUAGUUGAGGACUGGUACUUCAACCAUCAGCACCUCAACCUGGACACCUUCCUGUGCGAGGCCCAGGUGCUAAAGGAUGACGAGAGAGGUUGUCUGACGGAGGUGUGGAGCGGGAAGGGAGAUCCGGGAUUAAACCAGGAGCCCGAAGUCACGGAGCGGCCGAAGCCGUCCACAGAGGGUCAAGUGAAGGCGGACGAUUCGGAGAGAAAUCAAGGGACUGGAGGAGGGGAGCACGACCCUGGGGAACUGUGACACCCCCCCAGGCGGAUGAUUCGGAGAGAAAUCAAGGGACUGGAGGAGGGGAGCACGACCCUGGGGAACUGUGCCGCCCCCCCACAAUGCUCCUCGCAAUAAGCCAAUCUCUCACCUGUGCUGUCCACAUCCUCUUGGUACUGAGCCCAGGAUCAUCUCCCCAUCUGCCACCAAGGCUGUCCAACCUCCAUUAUUCUCAUUCUCCUGCCCCCUACCUCUGUUCUAACCUCCCCCUCAAAAAAAACCAUUCCCAAACUCAAAGCUCUCUCUCUCCAAACUCUGAACACUAAUCUGGACCGUCUCACUCCCAGCCUUCAUUUCAUUCUCCCUCCCUCCCUCCGAUUCCUGAUCAGAGAGAAGUGACUCACUUGAUUUUAACAACAAUUUGCAUUUCCUUAGCCCCCUUAACACAGGGAAGCAUCUCAGAGCGCUUAACAGAGGCCUAGCACGAUCCGAAUCAGGGGAGGUGACCGUAAGCACGGUCGAAGAGGAAGGUCUUCAGGCCUGAUCUGAAGAUGGGAAAGGAGAGGGUCGAGGCAGAGGGAUUGAGGGAGUUUUCUAAACUGCUGGAGUGGGGAGUAAGCACGUUGGAAAUGUCGGAAGGUGCCAUGGCGUGAAAGGACUUGUAGACAAGUGAGAGGAACUUGGAAUUGAACCGUGCUGUGAUAGGGAGUCAGGGGAGCCUGGGAAGUGCUGGUGUGAUGGGGCGGGGGAAUGGAGUUUGGAGCGGGUGAGCAUACGGGCAGUGGAGUUCUAGAUCAGUUGGACCAGUCAUUGCCUGGGAUCAAGCACACCCUAGGGCCUGUGCUAACCUGCCUUUGUAGCCUGGCCUGGACCCGAGGCAGGGAGAGGACAGCUCAAUUGCUGUCUUUUUCCUGCCCUUCACUUGGGCUUUUACAUUGUACAUUGAAGCCCAGGGGAUAGAGUGCCCUCUCCCUACCAUAGCCCUGGCCCCCAUCUCAUGCUUUGAGCGUUGCCAGUUUCUGACAAGGGGAACCCCAUCACUAUGCUCUACUUGUAUAGGAGCAAUGGAGUGCAGUCUGUCUCCGUGGAGGGACACAUCCAGCUUAUCUAAUUCCAGAAAGUAUUAGACACAGGUUUGCAAGAGCCAAGGCUUGGCGACCCCGUUGGGAGUAACUGCUGGAGUCUAACCAGCUAAAACUACAUAGCUGGCCAUUCAGAGCACUGUCUGGCAAGCUUUCCCACUGCUUGUCCAGCUAGGACCACCCUACCCAUUAGGGCUUUGACUUGCAGGGUUAAUAGGAGCUGAGUGGGAGGAUUCCCUUUCCCCACUGACUGGGCUGCUGAUGAGUUAGAUGGCUGGCCCUGGUGUACUGUGGGCCCACCCGAUGGGUGCAGGCUGAUUAUUAUGAUUGAUGGCUGAGUGGGCAGAAAGCAGUGGGUGUUACUGAGUCAGUAAUUGAGGAGUGGGUUUCCUGGUAAGUGGUCCUCCCCUCCCCCUGGCUGCCUCACAUCACCAGUCUCCGAGACUCCUGUCGUCAGGCUGAAUCAGUAAAAUGUCGCAAACUCCAGUUAUAUUCAAGAUAAACCGUGUGUGUAUGAAACUUUUUAUUUCUCUUGUUGAACCUUUUUAUAUAUGUUUGUACUCCAUAUGAAAUAAUCCAACUUUCAAUAUCAAAAGUAUUCAAAACCCA